AUGGACCCAAAAACAAGGCUCCGCAAGGCCUGCGAUGCCUGCAGCAUCCGGAAAGUGAAGGUUCGUUUUGCACCUGUCAAACCCUGCCUCGUCCAGUUGCUGAUCUCCUUUUUCAAGUGUGAUACUGGGGGCCCACCAUGUCGGUCAUGUGCUACUUUGGAUAUUCCAUGCACAUAUGAAAGGCCGAGUAGGCGCCGGGGACCUCCUAACCGCCAUGCCGAGGCGCUGAAGAAGCAGAAGCUGGAGACGGUUGCGUCGCCGACAAGUCUAUCCGACUAUCCGCUAGCGAACACACCGCAGACUCAACCUGCAUCUACGCCUACGCCGGCACCGGCAGCUCUGCCCACGCCUGUAUUCUCGGGGCCUGCCUCCUCAGCUUCACUUUCAGCAGAAGCUAUCUGCUCUCUCCACACGGUGCAACUUCUCCUUGAUGAUUUCUUCACAUACAUCCAUCCUUUAGUCCCGAUCCCUCACGAGCCUACGUUCCGUGCGGCCUUUGACCGCCGGGAGGAUGCCUCUAGCGGUACCUUUCUGGCUCUUCUUGCUUCCAUGAUCGGGUUUCUAGUCGCCUCCUUCCCCCGGCGGCCGAAAUUGCGCCUGAAUACGGAAGCGGAACGUUCCGCCUUUCCAAAUUCGAUUGCACUUGUCAAACGAUGCCAUGAUGUUGCUAUCCAAGCUCGAGGCGUUGGGUAUCUCGAUCGAAAUGCGACUGUUUACGAUGCAGCCAUCAGCUAUUUCCUGGGCGUUUGUGCCGGCUACAUCUACAGCAUGCGCCGUUGUCGUAUCUACCUGGCGGAAUGUCGCACUAUGUUGCAGGUUUACGAUCUUUGCCGCGCCCCUACGCCUGCUCCUACCAUGGCAGCAAUGAACGCUACCAGUCCAAUGUCAACAGCGUCGGGAACCUCACAAGAUCAGCAAACACAGCAUCUUACGGAUAACAAACCCGUAGAUUUAAUCUCUCAGGAACUUGGGCGGCGACUCUUCUACGUUUCGCUAGUGGGGUAUCAAAGCCUGCUCCAACUUGGCUCAGCCGAUAUCAGGAUGCACGUCCCACCAGAAACCCCAGCAGAUCGUUAUCCACCAUAUCCGCUUGAGGUUGAUGACGAGUUUCUAUUUCCAACUCAUAUAAACCCCCAACCCGCUGGCCGUGUGUCAAUAAUGGUCGGGUUCAAUGCCAAUGUCCGUGUCUAUGGUUCAUACAAUUCUCUCCUGGCGUGGGAGACGGCAUUCGGCAGUGGUCAAAUAUUCGACUGGGAACACCAACGCUCAUCAUUAUGGGGGUGUCUUCAAACGGUUAAGUCUGCUCUACUCAAAGUUCCAGUUGAACUAUCACUCUUCCAUCCCAAACGAGCCUCUGCAAGUGGAUUAGCCGGACACGACGGAGUCGGCUCGGUGUUCAAUUAUCCAGUGGACCACAUCUACCAAGAACGACGCGCAAUCCAGUAUGAGAUUCAGAAGGCGAAUAUUUACGCCAGCCAGCUAUGCACCAGGUCAUGGCUGGUUGAGAAAUAUUGGAACCUGUUCGAGACAUACGCGAAGUAUGGCAAUCUAGCAAGACCUUCGAUCCCAAACCCCGCCAUGCCGCAUUUCACUACGAAGACCGAGGGGUCUGCGGAAACAACAUCAGCUGAAAAGCCUGGAGCUUCGUCAGAUUCAGCUGCUCAGAUAUCAAUAGAGGCGCAAACAGAUCGCAUCGGCCAAAUGAUGGCAGAAGAGCGGAAACUCGUCAUCAAAGAUCUCUUUGUGCUUCUGCGGACCGUCAACGAAGUCAACAUGGAACCAAAUGGUGCCAGCAUCACAGGAAAAAUCCGCCAAAUAGCCUCUACCCUCCUCAACAUGCCAUACUACCCACAACCGACGACCCAAGAUCCAAAUUCAAAUUCCGCCAUCCCACCCGAAAACCCACCCACCGAACCCGCAACAGAAAACCACCAACCCAAUCCAUCCUCAACCGAUGUCCCAAUUCUCACACCUGCAGAAGCAGAAUCCUACCUCCACGCCUUCAUCGACACCCUCAUCCGACUCGAAGGCUAUUCAUCAGCGGCGACGGAUCCCGGCAGCGUAAUUGAGGGUGUGAGCCCGCGCGCUAAUGGGCGGGCUAUGAGUUAUCUUAGUGAUUACGAGCGUGAUCAAGAGGAGUUGAGUCAGUGGGCUAGUUUGAAGGAGUAUCAGCAGAAAUUCGCUGAGGCUGGGGGUGUUUUGUCAGAGUUGUAA